UAUCCUCCUGUAAGAGGGGGCGCUUGCGUGACCUCUACCUGGUGUCCUUACGGGAGAGGUGCGCGCUUAUGGCAAUUAAAAGCGUAUUGCACAAGAUUCGAAAGUAGUGCCCGCCUCGGAGAGGUGGAAAACACAUAGGAGCUCUACUGUAGAUCUAUUUUAGUUCAAUGUUUUUUAAUCUUCAACUGAAAGAUCGUUACGAUCGCCAUCCAGUUUAGCACUUGAGUUCAUCAGCCACUUACGUGAUGUCAUAAUUUUAUACUUAGUUCUUUGAUUCGGCAACUCAUGGUCAACUGAUUUCGUUGUUUUUAUUUCCAAAAUAAGAACCCUACUAUUUUUUGAAAAGAAGACAGAAAAGCGCUUAAGUGAUGCCUAAGAAUAAAGGAAAGGGAGGAAAAAAUCGUCGAAGAGGCAAGAACGAAAAUGAGUCGGAGAAACGUGAACUUGUGUUCAAAGAAGAUGGUCAAGAGUACGCACAAGUGACCAAAAUGUUAGGAAAUGGCCGUCUCGAAGCCUUGUGUUUUGAUGGCACGAAACGUCUGUGUCAUAUUCGUGGAAAGCUUCGGAAAAAGGUUUGGAUAAAUGCUGGUGACAUCAUAUUACUUGGCCUAAGAGAUUUCCAGGAUAACAAAGCUGAUGUGAUUUUGCGUUACAAUCCGGAUGAGGCAAUGAGUCUACGAGCCUAUGGAGAAUUACCUGAAGAUGUGAAAAUUGAUGAUACUGCGGAGAUUCAAGAUGAUAUUGCAUUUGGUUUUGAUGAAGAUGAAGACGAAGAUGAUGAUGGACUAACAUAGAAAAGUAAGGCAUUCGUUUUUGAAAUAUUUUAAAAAUUAUUGGUACAAUAUGGCACACAUCGUAUCUUGCCUUACUUGAUAAAUGAAGGAAAACUUCAAGAAUCGUUCUCCAAUAGCGUCAUGGUAUUUAUUGGUUACCAGUUUUGAAUUUUUCUGUCACUGUAAACUCACUACUAUCUAUACAUGUGUUUUUGUCAAAGCUUCAGAUAGUUGUUAGUUUACGGAACAGAAAUGUUUUAGGAUGGUUAUGUAUUUGUUAUGUUCUGAUAUCAUCAUUUAUGUUGAUGGCAAUUUAAUCUUUAAUGUAAAGUACAAAAAUAUUUUUUUGUUAAAUUAUAGGUUUUGAGAAAUAAUUUCUCUAUUGACUAUGAACAUGUUCAAUUUAUAUCAAGACUGUAUCUAAUCAUUAUAUAUUAUCUUAAGUUUUUUGGAGAGUAGACACUACAUUCUGUUUA